GCCAAUAAAACUAAAUGGGUCCAGUCACUGGAAUGACUCCGGAUAAGAAAGCUGAAACGCCGGGAGCAGAAAGAGCCGCGGGAUUGAGGCAGCUCCACAGAAUGGGAAGUUUGCCCGAGGCGGUCGAUGCCGGGAGGCCCAAGGCCACCGUGGUGGACAGCGACUCCACGGACGACGAGCUCACAAACUUGAACUGGCUGCACGAAAGCACUAACCUGCUCACAAACUUCAGCCUCGGAAGCGAGGGCCAUCCCAUCGUCAGCCCGUUGUACGACAUUGAGGGCGACAGCUUGCCGUCCUUCUCGCCUUCCGGCUACCAGAACCCGGAGAAAAAGUCAGCCACUUCCAAACCCCCCUACUCCUUUAGCCUUCUCAUUUACAUGGCUAUUGAACAUUCUCCAAAUAAGAGCUUGCCAGUCAAGGAGAUCUACAGCUGGAUUCUGGAGCGCUUCCCCUACUUUGCCACAGCGCCCACGGGYUGGAAGAACUCCGUCCGACACAACCUUUCCUUGAACAAGUGUUUCCGAAAGGUGGAGAGAAGCCAUGGCAAGGUGAACGGAAAAGGUUCCUUAUGGUGCGUUGAUCCAGAGUACAAGCCUAAUCUCGUGCAAGCGCUGAAGAAGCAACCUUUCCCCUCGGCGCUUGCGCUCUAUACUCCGCCGGCAUCGCCGCCGAGUAGGUCAUCGUCUCCUCACUACCUAACUUCAGUCCUCAAGCAGAGUCACGGCCGAUCCCUCAAAGAAUCCGAUAUUGAUGCUGCUACUGCAAUGAUGCUGUUAAAUACUUCCAUUGAACAAGGGAUGUUAGACUGUGAGAAACCUCAGCCUCUGAAGACCCCCAAGAAGAGGAGUUAUGGCAGCGCCUUUAAUUCUCCCAGCUCCAUAAAUCUGCCGGAGGGCGAUUCUGCGGCGGCCAACAUCGAUCCGAAGGAGGAUCACAAUUACAGCGCCAGCAGCCUGGGCUCGCAGCGCUGCGCCUCCCGAUCCAGCGUGUCUUCCCUGUCCUCCGUAGAUGAGGUCUACGAAUUUAUCUCCAAGAGCAGCCAUGCGGGAAGCGACGGCAGCGAAGGAUUUCACAGCGAGGUGGAUACAGACGUUGACUACGAGGACGAUCCUCUUGGAGACAGUGGCUAUGCACCGCAACCGCGCGUAGAUACCUCUGACAAGAGUCAGCCCAGCAACAAAGCACUCAAGGAGCUAUGUCAGGAAAUUGAUGAGGAGCUGAAGGAAGCAGCGGGGUCCCUGCUGCACCUUGCAGGCGUCCGAACGUGCUUGGGUUCCUUGAUAAGUACUGCAAAGACCCACAGUCACAAGCAAAGGAAAAAAUAGUGUGCUUGUCAGUGCUGAAUAUAUACGUAUAUUUUUUUUAAGUGUGGCAAUACUCUUCUACUUUUACCCUUCACAAGGGAGAUCAAAGCCAUAAGAGGACUCAUUUGCUUUUUUAUUUUUUGGCGCUGAUUAUAAUUUAGCCAUUUAUUUUUAAAUCACUGCCUAAAAGAAAAAAAAAAAUCUUUUCAAAUUAGAAGAGAUGCAUGACUUGUGAAAACCUGAAAGCAUACUCCUUAAUGAUCACUCUUUUUUCCUUUUUUUUUGUUUUUUUGUUUUUAAUAGCUGAUUAUUUCCACAGCUACGUUCAUUCAGAUGCACACUGUGGAUCCUAUUUACCUCUCUGCCAGCCCUUUCUGCAGAGGUGCAUUUUGCCCUGUCUAAGGGCUCUGACUUCCAUGUA